AUGUCUCACAGAAAGUACGAAGCUCCACGUCAUGGUCAUCUUGGUUUCCUUCCAAGAAAAAGAGCCGCCAAACAAAGAGGUACCAUUAAAGCCUUCCCAAAGGAUGAUCAAAAGAAAGCAGUUGCUUUAACCGCCUUUUUAGGUUACAAGGCCGGUAUGACUACCACUGUCAGAGAUUUGGAUCGUCCAGGUUCCAAAAUGCACAAGAGAGAAAUUGUUGAAGCUGUUACAGUUGUCGAUACCCCACCAAUUGUUGUUGUUGGUGUUGUUGGCUAUGUUGAAACUCCAAGAGGAUUGAGAUCAUUGACCACCGUCUGGGCUGAACAUUUGUCAGAUGAAAUCAGAAGAAGAUUUUACAAGAACUGGUACAAAUCCAAGAAGAAGGCAUUCACCAAGUACUCUACCAAGUACGCUAACAACGCUACUGAUAUCAAGAGAGAAUUAUUGAGAAUCAAAAAGUACUGUACUGUUGUGAGAGUUUUAGUUCACACUCAAGUUAAGAAAACUCCAUUAGUUCAAAAAAAGGCCCAUUUGGCUGAAAUUCAAGUGAAUGGUGGAUCCAUUCCAGAAAAGGUUGAUUUUGCUUACAACUUGUUUGAAAAGACAGUUCCAGUUGACUCAAUUUUCAGUCAAAAUGAAAUGAUUGAUGUUAUUGCUGUUACCAAGGGUCAUGGAUUUGAAGGUGUUACUCACAGAUGGGGUACCAAGAAGUUACCAAGAAAGACCCACAGAGGUCUUCGAAAAGUUGCCUGUAUUGGUGCCUGGCAUCCAGCCCAUGUCCAAUGGACAGUUGCUCGUGCUGGUCAAAACGGUUACCACCACAGAACCUCAAUUAACCACAAGAUCUACAGAAUUGGUAAGGGAACUGAUGAAUCUAAUGGUGCCACUGAGUUUGACAGAACCAAGAAGACUAUUAACCCAAUGGGUGGAUUUGUUAGAUAUGGUGAGGUCAAGAACGAUUUUGUUGUUCUUAAGGGAUCUAUUCCAGGUAUUAAAAAGAGAGUUAUUACAUUGAGAAAAUCAUUAUAUGUUGAUACAUCUAGAAGAGCCAUUGAAGAAGUUAAUCUUAAAUGGAUUGAUACUGCUUCUAAAUUCGGUAAGGGUAGAUUCCAAACCCCAGCUGAAAAGAAGGCCUUUAUGGGUACUCUUAAAAAGGAUCUUGAAGCUUAA